CUAGUGGAAGUCACUGUGUGAGGAAUCAAACCAGUUUGGUUGGAGUAGUUAAAGAUCCCACUUAAUAUUAAAAAAAUCCAAUAAAAUAAUUUUAAUUGAGCUGUUAACAAGGUGGCAAUGUGCGUAUGAAACAUAUUUUUUUCUGGCUGAUAGACCAGAGAGAUGGAAAGACAAGUGCAGGUGUUGUUACGGCCCCUUUGGGAGCUGUGAGGUAAAUGAUGUUUCCAAAUAGGACAUUUGUGGAAAAAAGUCUACAGCUGACUUUGGCUGCCCUUUAGCUUCAUGUUAAGCUCUGUUCUUUGUGCUCCCCAGGCUAAAAGGUUGAACAGUGCAGAAAUUGUUCUGCAGUUAUUAGUAUGAAUAUUUAAGCAUGUUUUCAUUUGGCCAAGCUAAUACUCUUUUGGUUUGUGUCGGAGCAACCAAUAUUUUCCCUGUGUGUACAUUUCAAACUCUUAGAGAAGAUAUUUUUCAUUUUAAAGUGCCUGGCCAGAGGAAAGCUGGGAGCUGCGCUAGCAGGCUGCUGCAUUGCUGGAGACCACGUCUAGCUCACCCGGCCUCCUAGACAACGUCCUCAAUGCUUUGAGACUGGAAGGACCUUGCUCUGCAAUGAAGAUGGAGGCAGUAGGAAAAGCAGAAGAACUUGUUGAUUCAGAAAUUCUACCAAAGACUUCUGAAAAGCAAGAGACUACUCCUGACGAAGACAGGGCUAUAGAACUCGAGACACAACCUCAGAAGGACAGUGUGCCCACUGCAGCAGACUCUGCCGUGCUCUCUUCCAUGCCUUGCUUGCUGAUGGAACUGAGGCGGGACUCCUCGGAGUCUCAGCUGGCGUCUACGGAGAGCGACAAGGCAGCGGGUGGCCGAGUUUAUGAGAGUGACUCUUCUAACCACUGCAUGCUUUCCCCUUCCUCCAGCGGGCAUUUGGCCGACUCGGACACAUUGUCUUCCGCAGAGGAGAACGAGCCCUGCCAAGCUGAAGCCACCACGGAGGGAGACCCUUCUGCGGCGUCGGGAGCCGCGGUCGGGAGGAAAUCCAGGAGAUCCAGGUCCGAAAGUGAGACUUCAACAAUGGCUGCCAAGAAAAACCGACAGUCUAGUGAUAAGCAGAACGGCCGAGUUUCCAAGGUGAAGGGUCACCGGAGCCAAAAGCACAAAGAGAGGAUCCGGCUCCUGAGGCAGAAGCGGGAGGCGGCUGCUCGCAAGAAGUACAACCUGCUGCAGGACAGCAGUACCAGCGACAGUGACCUGACCUGUGACUCCAGCACGAGCUCGUCAGACGACGACGAAGAGGUUUCAGGGAGCAGCAAGACAAUCACUGCAGAGAUACCAGAUGGACCCCCUGUUGUGGCUCACUAUGAUAUAUCAGACACAAACUCAGACCCAGAAGUGGUAAAUGUGGACAAUCUGUUGGCGGCUGCAGUAGUUCAAGAGCACAGUAAUUCUUUAGGAAAUCAAGACUCAGGAUCUGCCUGGAGAACCAGAGGGCUGCUGAAUGAAAUGAGUGCUGAUACAGGUCAUUUGGAUCCAGGCUUCCUUGCAGGUGACAAAACCUCUUGUGGCAGUGCCCAGGCCAAUGAAGAAAUUAACAUUGCCUCUUCUGAUAGUGAAGUAGAGAUUGUUGGAGUUCAGGAGCAUGCCAGGUGUGUGCAUCCCAGGGGAGGGGUGAUCCAGAGCGUGGCCUCCUGGAAGCGCGGCUCGCCGUUCGGGAGCGCCCAGCCCGCGCAGCCAUGGACAGCAGUGGCUCCCCAGCAGAACUGGUCCUCGCCCCCAGAAGUGGUGGACCUCACUCUGGACGAGGACACCAGGCGCAAAUACCUCCUGUAAGGCCGUGUCACUGUGCUCUGCCCCCUCCCCUCCCGCCCUCCCUGGCACAGGAGUUCAGUGGUGAAACCUUCACCUCCAGAGGCCCCGUCCUUGGCACCAAGAAACCCAAACCCACGGCUUUUCUCCACGUCCACAGGAAUGUAGUCUGAUUUCAGUAUCACUUCAAAUGGUUUUGCCUUCUCUGAGGAGGAUUCCUGCCCAGAAUUAACAGCACCAAAUUCAAAACCACAUCUGCAGUUACUAACGUGUGCGUGUACACCUAAUGAAAUAACUGCGUGCAAACUUAUGUCCUCCCACCCUGCCCACCUCCCAGCUCCAGGACUUAUUUAAUUUAUCAGUAUCUUGAGUUUUUGAGUAGAAGUUAGUGUGUUGCUGUGUGAGCAUCAGUGCUUUUGAGAAAUGCUGUGUCCUCACUGAUUUCAGUGGAACUGGGGGGUAUUCAACACUUCCAAAAUUUGGGCCAGGAGUAUUUUUACCCAAGCUGAUUUGGUCAUGUUACCAGCAGGAGGGAUUGUCUUUAAUACAAAUGGCCCGUAACAAAUGCACUGAACAGCCUUUAAUCAAAACAUUUUUAUUUUCAAUGUAAUUUAUAGUUUAUACUCUUCAGUGCUGAGUCUUCUGUCCACUUGACUACUGUGUUUCACUGGUCAAUUCCCUCAGCUUGGAAUGGCUAAAAUAGUAAUAGUAGUGACUUAGGAACAGCUGAACAUUGCAAAAGCACAGGAGAAGGUAAUAAAAAGGCCCAUCCCUUUCCUUUUUAAUUAUAGCUGAAUUUUUUUACCUCUAUCUGAGUUUUGCCUGGAGUAGAUGAAGGAAAGGAAUUAAAUGUUUUACUCACAGUCCCCAUCUCUACUGCUGCUUGUUUGCGUCAUUCACCAUCUCAGAACACAAAAAACAAAUCCCAUUAAAUUCCAAAGCUCCAGCCUGGCAAAGGGGUGUUCAGCUGGGACCUGUUCCUGGAAUUUGUGGGGCCACUCAAGUGCUUAAAACUCUGUCCUGAAAGAUGUUGCAGGAUCAGGGUCAGAAACUAAGGUUGUGGUAUUUAACUUUUUUUGUUGUUGUUGUUAAAUUAGUAAUCUGCACCAUUUCCCUGGCUUUCAAUCAUGCCUCUUAUGCUAGUUUUGGAAAUGCCAAGAUUCAGGAAACACUUACUACCAGAAUAUUUACCAAAAUCAGUGGAACGACUCACUUUAGUGUGCUGCAGUUUCUGCCUCUCAUCUGUCAUUUUGAGCCUUUCCCAAGGCAAAAACCAAAGAUUAGACUUUAACAAGAUGAUAUUAUUCACUUUAAAUGUCUACUGUGCAAUUGAAACAUUCCUUCAUAUUCCAGAUCUUUCUAUUGGGAAUUUUGUACAGGUCUGCCACUAGAUUUUUUACCGUUUGAAGCUGAACAAGGGUGGUCAGGACAUGGGAAGUUCUGCUUUCCUUUUGUGUCGGCUGGUUUUCCAAAUUUAUUUGGCUUCCCUUAAUUUUAUCUGUGGGCAAAAUAAAAAAUUAAAAUGCA